UCUCUUAGCUCUUGGCAAGAUCGUAUUCUUAUUCCGUAAUACUGUCUUCUCCCAGAUUCCUUGACAACAAAGAAACAAACAAAAAACGAGGAAGGGAUGGUAGCAGCUGGGAGAAAUCCACUGAGAUUGCCAAACUGCCGAACUGAGGUUUGGUAGUUGAGACAUUGCCUGAAGAGCUAUGAAGAGCUGGCUACUCUUGGUUGCUGCUGUUCUUCUCUGGCCUGGGGGCUCUUCUCAAAAUGCAUGUGAAGAACCAGAUGAGAUUGACUUUGGGGAAAUUGUGAGUGCUGAGAAAGCCAGGAAUCUGGAAAAUGACCGAGUGCAAUACAGGUGCAACCCUGGCUAUGUCUUGCAGGGACCUGAAUGGAUUCAGUGUAAGGGACAAAAAUGGACACCUCAUCCACCAAAAUGCUUGGCACCCUGCAGUAUCACAAGGCAACAGCUAGCAACAAAAAACUUGUUUGUAUUUGGGAGUCAAAGAAAAGCUCGACUUAUUCAGAGUAAUCAUAGCCUGCAAUUUCAGUGCAAUGAAGGAUAUGUCCUUGUGGUUCCAUCAGUCAGAAAGUGUGUUGACGGUUACAUGGAGUUGCCUUUAUGUAUCUCUGAAACAGGGCAAAAUUGCAGUGGUCCACCAAGAACUGAGAACGGAGACAUUACUACUUGAUCUGAGAAGCAGUACAGAUCUGGCUCUUCAAUAGAAUUCAAAUGCCAAACUUAUUAUGCCAUGGAAGGCCAAAAAAGAUCUUUUUGUGAUGAUGGGACCUGGACAAAGGUACCCAUUUGCCUCGAUCCCUGUGUGAUCUCCAGGACUGAAUUGGAAAGCCAGAAGAUAGAAGUUAAAGAUGGAAUAGAGGUGCCUGACAAUAUAUUUGUUCAACGUGGUCUUUCCAUUGAGCUGACCUGUAGAACAGGAUAUGUCCUGGAAGCAAAUUCUUCCCAAUCAGCUUUUGUAAUCCAGUGUGAUGGGACACCACCCGUGAUUCCUAAAUGCAAAGAAAUUACAUGCAAUUCUCCAAGAAUAUCAAAUGGUUCUUUCCGACCUCAAAGAACUUUAUACCAUGAUGGGGAUCUAAUUCGAAUUCUGUGUGACAGUGGAUUUACUUUUGAACCUGAUAAUGGAGAAAAGGUAGUUGAGUGCACGAGAAACGGAUGGUCACCUUCACCAAAAUGUGUCAAUGCAAUGUGUCCCACACCCCCUAUAGUUGAAAAUGCUGAAAUUAUUGAAGAUACAAUGAAAAAGUACCUGAAUGGCGAGAAAAUAAAUUAUCAGUGUAAUGAUGGUUUUGAUAUACAUGGAUCAGCUGCUGUAACAUGUAGACAAAAUAACUGGUCACGCUUGCCAAGAUGUGUAGAUGUAAGAUGUUCUUCUCCCCAUCGAAUUCAAAAUGGUCAGAUUAUUGGUGAAAUAAAGGCAAAGUAUUUGCCCUGGGAGAAGGUGCAGUAUCGAUGCUACACAGGUUAUGCUCUUCUUGGACCUCCUUUCAUUACAUGUUCGAAGAAUGGUUGGACAGAAACACCACGUUGUACAGAUAUUUAUAUGCAGAUCUUCACUAUGUAGAAAUGAAGACAGAAU